AUGUGGCCUCAUCUCUUGCCCAGGUGGCCGGCCUGGCUCUUCAGGGCUGCUCCAGGCUGGUGGCAGCAGGGCCAUCCCCACGUCCCGGUGAGGACCGUGUGUGCACCAGGGGCCACUGUGGAGCAGAGGAGGCGGCCCGGUGGCCCUUGGGGUGUCCAGGGGGCCAGCCCCCUCGCCCACAGGGGCUGUUCCUCAGCUUCCUCCCACCCAGAUGAUGUGCCGCUGACCACGGAACGCUACCCUGUGCAGCGUCUGCCCUUUGCCGUGGUGUCUGAGGAGGACCUGGCCGCCUUUGAGCUCAUCCUCCCUGGCAGGGUUGUCACCGGCGCUGAGGAGCUGGCAGCUGUGAACGUGGACUGGCUGAGGACUAUGCGAGGCCGCAGCAAAGUACUGCUGAAGCCCCGGACGACGGAGGAGGUGUCGCGGAUACUCAGGUACUGCCAUGAGAGGAACCUAGCGGUGACCCCACAGGGGGGCAACACGGGCAUGGUGGGGGGCAGUGUCCCCGUCUUUGAUGAGAUUGUCCUCUCCACGUCCCUCAUGAACCAGGUGGUCCACUUCCACAGUGUGUCUGGAGUCCUGGUGUGCCAGGCUGGGUGUGUCCUGGAGGACUUGAGCCAGUACUUGGAGGACCGUGACUUCAUCAUGCCCCUGGACCUGGGUUCCAAGGGCAGCUGCCACAUUGGGGGAAACGUGGCCACCAAUGCAGGCGGCCUGCGGGUCCUGCGAUACGGCUCGCUGCACGGGACGGUCCUGGGCCUGGAGGUGGUGCUUGCAGACGGCACUAUCCUGAACUGUCUGACCUCUCUGCGGAAGGACAACACAGGCUAUGACCUGAAGCAGCUCUUCAUUGGGUCGGAGGGCACGCUGGGGGUCAUCACCGCUGUGUCCAUUCUGUGUCCGCCAAAGCCUAAGGCUGUGAACGUGGCUUUUCUCGGUUGCCCUGGCUUCACUGAAGUCCUGCAGACCUUCAGUUCCUGCAAGGGGAUGCUGGGCGAGAUCCUGUCGGCAUUCGAGUUCAUGGACGCCGAGUGCAUGCGGCUCGUGGGACAGCACCUGAGCCUCACCUGCCCUGUCCGAGAAAGUCUGUUCUACGUCUUGGUGGAGACCUCGGGCUCCAGUGCUGAGCAUGACAGUGUCAAGCUGGAUGCCUUUCUGGAGCACGCCCUGGGCUGCGGCCUGGUGACUGCUGGGACCGUGGCCACGGACCAGAGGAAGAUGAAGAUGCUGUGGGCCCUUCGGGAGAGGAUCACCGAAGCCCUGAGCCGCGAUGGCUACGUGUACAAAUAUGACAUCUCCCUGCCAGUGGAGCGGCUCUACGACCUCGUGACGGACCUGCGCACCCGCCUGGGACCCAGCGCCAAGACCGUGGUGGGCUAUGGCCACCUGGGGGACGGCAACCUGCACCUGAACGUGACGGCGGAGGCCUUCAGCCCGCAGCUGCUGGGUGCGCUGGAGCCCCACGUGUACGAGUGGACGGCGGCACAGCGGGGCAGCGUCAGCGCGGAGCACGGCCUGGGCUUCCGCAAGCGCGACGCCCUCGGCUACAGCAAGCCACCGGCCGCCGUGCGGCUCAUGCGCGGGCUCAAGGCCCUACUGGACCCCAAGGGCAUCCUGAACCCCUACAAGACGCUGCCCUCCCGGGCCUGA